CUGGAUUAUGAAAGUGAAUUAAGAUGUGCUCUCAGGCUGCGCUGUCGAGAUAAAAUUAUCUUUUGGCUACAGAUAUAGAUGGCACUUUAAUACUUUCACAAUUUUAAUAUUGGUACAGCUAACAAAAAACGUUGCAGCACAAUUGGUUUCGUCCGUGUAGCCUGCUUCGUAUUGAUAAACCAGUUGGUUCGCAUACUCUGAAAGGCCUCUGAAUAAGCCUCGGAUUUUCCUACACUCGACGCCGGAAAGGAUUGCGAGGACGCACGCAGGUAACAGACAGAAAUGGCAACGAAUGAUUGUUUAAGCAGUGCCCAAAUGAACGCAGUGGACAACGAGAAAUUUGUACGGCCGAAAGUACAGCUACAGACCUUGCUGCAGCACGCAGGUGCAGACAAGGACAUUUUCACCAUGAAGGAGGUCAUGUUUUACCUGGGGCAGUACAUCAUGGGCAAGCAGCUGUACGACAAGAAGCAGCAGCACAUUGUCCACUGCGCCAACGAUGCCCUGGGAGCGGUGCUGGGGGUGGACAGCUUCUCCGUCAAAGAGCCUCGAGUCCUUUAUGCAAUGAUCUCCAAAAACCUGAUUGCUGUCAGAAACCAAGAUUCCCAGUGUGGAUUUACAGAACCCAGGAGUCAGAGUGAACCUGAUAGGGGGCCUGAGGAAACGGACUCGGACUCAUUCUCAUGUACCUCAGGACGGCGAAGGAGGAGGAGUAGUGACCCUGCUGGGACCUCCGCGGAGGAGGAGCAGAGCGAGCGCAGGAAGAGGCACAAGUCAGACAGCUUCUCCUUGACCUUUGACGACAGCCUGUCCUGGUGUGUCAUCGAGGGACUGAGGCGGGACCGGGGGAGCAGCGAGUCUUCGGACUCUCGCAGCAAUGCUGAAGUAGGUGUUUCUGGUAGCGAGGACUCUGACGAGAGUUUCAGCCAAGACUCAGACUCGGACAACUUCAGUGUGGAGUUUGAAGUGGAGUCGAUCGACUCAGACGCUUACAGCGAGAACGACGAGGCGUCGGUGGUGUCGGGCGAGGACGAGGUGUACCAGGUCACCAUCUUUGAGGCUGAGGACGAGGACUCGUUCGACGAGGACACGGAGAUCACAGAAGCAGACUACUGGAAGUGCCCUAAGUGUGAGGAGCUGAACCCCCCUCUCCCACGCCACUGCAACCGCUGCUGGACUUUGCGGCAGGAUUGGCUCCCUGAGCCCACCCCAAAAACCCUGUCCCCGAAGCCCUCUGCCGCUGAGGGAGACGCUGAGGAGGGGCUGGACGUCCCCGACGGCAAGCGAGCUCGGUCCCCGCCCCUGACGCGGGACACCAAGGAGGACUGUCUCUCGGAACCCCAGGAGGUGUGCUCCCAGCCCUCCACCUCCGGCUCCUGCAGCGUCCCGUCCAGCCAGGACGAGGUGCCCGAGCUGGAGCGUUUCAGCAGCCUGGAGGCCUGCCUGCCCCCCAGCUGCCUGGAGCCCUGCGUCAUCUGCCAGAGCCGGCCCAAGAACGGCUGCAUCGUGCACGGCCGCACCGGCCACCUCAUGGCCUGCUACACCUGCGCCAAGAAACUCAAAAACCGCAACAAACUGUGCCCCGUCUGCAGAGAACCCAUCCAGUCAGUGGUGCUCACCUACCUGAGCUAAGGCUGGCUUUCCCCUGUUCUCACACACACACACGCACACACAUACGCACACACACGUACACAACAACAAUGUCUACUUCAUCAACAUCAGUAUACAAAAAUAAAUCUAUUAUGCUUUUCUUUGAAGGA